UAAUGAACAUGGAAUUCAAAUGCUUUCAGAAUCUAAAAGACAAAGUUCACAAAGUUCUGGAAACUGAAAAAUUGGAACAAGGAUGCAAUUGGAUAAUUGUUUUUGCAGCUUUUAUGAUUCAUAUCAUUUCCGAUGGAAUAGUUUAUACUUUCGGUAUAUUUUAUUCCGAAAUUAUUCACAAUAACGGAUAUAACAGCGGUGAAACAGCUUGGAUUCCAUCUACUAUGAGCGGAAUGCUUAAUUUUGUCGGCCCAUUAGCUGGAGUUCUGACAAAUAAAUAUGGUUGCCGAUUUGUGUGCAUAUUAGGAUCUUUGGUAUCAUCUGCUGGAUAUGCACUUGGCUCUUUAGCUUUUAAUAUAACAUAUUUAUACUUAACUGUUGGAUUAUGUACAGGUGCAGGAAUUGGGCUUAUGUAUUUUGCCGCAAUAAUUUCUGUAAAUCAUCAUUUUAACGAAAACCGAGCUUUCGCAACAGGCUUGGCUGCAUGUGGAUCUGGAAUUGGAACUUUUAUUCUUGCUCCAGUUUUACAGUUUUUAACUAACGUUUACGGAUGGAAAGGAGCGAUGUUUUUUGCUUCUGGAUUUCUGUUUAGUGGAUAUAUAUUUGGAACCCUUUUGAGCCCGAUUUCACGCGUAAAAAAGAAGAAUUGGAAAUUCGGUUCAGUUCAUUCAGUUCACAAAAAUGAUAAACAGAUUAAUUUAAUUUUACCAAGAAAAUCUAUAUCUCUUCCAAUCCUGAGUGAAUAUUCUUCGUUUUCCAUUCUAAAUAAUUCAAAAAUAUCGAAUAAUUAUUUCAGCGACCCAUCUCUCAUUCACGAUAGAGAAAAUUUUGAGAUAUUAAUUAUGAACGAAGUACCCAAUAAACAACGAAACGAAUUUUCAGGAUAUUUUAAUUUUAACAUAUUUCAAGAUUCUAUUUUUAUUAUUUACAUUUUUUCAAAUUUUUUAACUUUUCUGGGAAUUGAAACGGUAUCGAUCUACACAGUUGAAAAAAUUACACAUAAAAACAUAGCAACUAAAAGAGAAGCAAGCUAUCUUAUAUCUGUCAUUGGAAUAUUUAACACGUUAGGAAGGAUAAUUUUUGGAUAUAUUUCAGACAAAUGCGGACAGAACCGACUUUGGUUAUACAUUGGAUCAUUAGCUGUUUGUGGUUUUUGUAUAAGUCUUAGCACCUUUUUCUUUAAUUACAUUCAAAUGAUUAUCUUUUCAGCAAUUUUUGGUUUAUUUUAUGGGGCCUAUAUUUCGUUGUUAUCCAUUAUUCUUGUUGACCUUCUUGGAUUAGAAAAAUUAACAGACUCUUUUGGAUUUGUCCUUUUCUUUCAAGGAAUAGCGUCAUUUUUUGGUAUACCAAUAACAGGUGCAGGAAUUGGGCUUAUGUAUUUUGCCGCAAUAAUUUCUGUAAAUCAUCAUUUUAACGAAAACCGAGCUUUCGCAACUGGCUUGGCUGCAUGUGGAUCUGGAAUUGGAACUUUUAUUCUUGCUCCAGUUUUACAGUUUUUAACUAACGUUUACGGAUGGAAAGGAGCGAUGUUUUUUGCUUCUGGAUUUCUGUUUAGUGGAUAUAUAUUUGGAACCCUUUUGAGCCCGAUUUCACGCGUAAAAAAGAAGAAUUGGAAAUUCGGUUCAGUUCAUUCAGUUCACAAAAAUGAUAAACAGAUUAAUUUAAUUUUACCAAGAAAAUCUAUAUCUCUUCCAAUCCUGAGUGAAUAUUCUUCGUUUUCCAUUCUAAAUAAUUCAAAAAUAUCGAAUAAUUAUUUCAGCGACCCAUCUCUCAUUCACGAUAGAGAAAAUUUUGAGAUAUUAAUUAUGAACGAAGUACCCAAUAAACAACGAAACGAAUUUUCAGGAUAUUUUAAUUUUAACAUAUUUCAAGAUUCUAUUUUUAUUAUUUACAUUUUUUCAAAUUUUUUAACUUUUCUGGGAAUUGAAACGGUAUCGAUCUACACAGUUGAAAAAAUUACACAUAAAAACAUAGCAACUAAAAGAGAAGCAAGCUAUCUUAUAUCUGUCAUUGGAAUAUUUAACACGUUAGGAAGGAUAAUUUUUGGAUAUAUUUCAGACAAAUGCGGACAGAACCGACUUUGGUUAUACAUUGGAUCAUUAGCUGUUUGUGGUUUUUGUAUAAGUCUUAGCACCUUUUUCUUUAAUUACAUUCAAAUGAUUAUCUUUUCAGCAAUUUUUGGUUUAUUUUAUGGGGCCUAUAUUUCGUUGUUAUCCAUUAUUCUUGUUGACCUUCUUGGAUUAGAAAAAUUAACAGACUCUUUUGGAUUUGUCCUUUUCUUUCAAGGAAUAGCGUCAUUUUUUGGUAUACCAAUAACAGGAUGGUUAUAUGAUCAAACUGGAUCUUUCGAACCUGGGUUUUUAUUUUCUGGAAUCUCCGUUUUAUUAAGUAGUUUUGUCAUGUUUGCAAUACCAAUUUUUCAAAAAAGAAAUAUCUUCGAUCUACCCUAAUUUGAAUGCAAAGAAAUAUGAAUUUAAU